AUGAUGCAGGACGUGUCCAGCUCGCCAGUCUCGCCGGCCGACGACAGCCUGAGCAACAGCGAGGAAGAGCCAGACCGGCAGCAGCCGCCGAGCGGCAAGCGCGGGGGACGCAAGCGGCGCAGCAGCCGGCGCAGCGCGGGCGGCGGCGCGGGGCCCGGCGGAGCCGCGGGCGGGGGCGUCGGAGGCGGCGACGAGCCGGGCAGCCCGGCCCAGGGCAAGCGCGGCAAGAAGUCUGCGGGCUGUGGCGGCGGCGGCGGCGUGGGCGGCGGCGGCAGCAGCAGCGGCGGCGGGAGUCCGCAGUCUUACGAGGAGCUGCAGACGCAGCGGGUCAUGGCCAACGUGCGGGAGCGGCAGCGCACCCAGUCGCUGAACGAGGCGUUCGCCGCGCUGCGGAAGAUCAUCCCCACGCUGCCCUCGGACAAGCUGAGCAAGAUUCAGACCCUCAAGCUGGCGGCCAGGUACAUCGACUUCCUCUACCAGGUCCUCCAGAGCGACGAGCUGGACUCCAAGAUGGCAAGCUGCAGCUAUGUGGCUCACGAGCGGCUCAGCUACGCCUUCUCGGUCUGGAGGAUGGAGGGGGCCUGGUCCAUGUCCGCGUCCCACUAGCAGGCGGAGCCCCCCACCCCCUCAGCAGGGCCGGAGACCUAGAUGUCAUUGUUUCCAGAGAAGGAGAAAAUGGACAGUCUAGAGACUCUGGAGCUGGAUAACUAAAAAUAAAAAUAUAUGCCAAGGAUUUUCUUGGAAAUUAGAAGAGCAAAAUCCAAAUUCAAAGAAACAGGGCGUGGGGCGCACUUUUAAAAGAGAAAGCGAGACAGGCCCGUGGACAGUGAUUCCCAGACGGGCAGCGGCACCAUCCUCACACCUCUGCAUUCUGAUAGAAGUCUGAACAGUUGUUUGUGUUGUUUUUUUUUUUUUUUGACGAAGAAUGUUUUUAUUUUUAUUUUUUUCAUGCAUGCAUUCUCAAGAGGUCGUGCCAAUCAGCCACUGAAAGGAAAGGCAUCACUAUGGACUUUCUCUAUUUUAAAAUGGUAACAAUCAGAGGAACUAUAAGAACACCUUUAGAAAUAAAAAUACUGGGAUCAAACUGGCCUGCAAAACCAUAGUCAGUUAAUUCUUUUUUUCAUCCUUCCUCUGAGGGGAAAAACAAAAAAAAACUUAAAAUACAAAAAACAACAUUCUAUUUAUUUAUUGAGGACCCAUGGUAAAAUGCAAAUAGAUC